UGUGCGGCGCCGGGUGCAGCAGCCCGGCUCGGUGGAGGGGUACAGCGCCUUGCGAGGUGACGCCGGCACGGCAUGUCAUGUCACUGUGGUGCUGCGUUACACCCUGCUCCCGCAGCCCGCCGAGCUGACGCCUGCUGAGCGCGCCGCAGGCCCCGGCAGCCCGCGGCGGCGGACGAAGGAGGCAGCACGCACGGGCACUCUGGCAUGCUGAGGAGGCGGGUGGGUCCCCGUGCCGCAGCCGGUUGCGGUGCGAAGUGGAGCGGGGAGGAGGAGGGAGCCGCAGCUGCAGCUGCCGCCAUGCCCAACAUCAAGAUCUUCAGCGGGAGCUCGCACCAGGACCUGUCCCAGAAGAUAGCCGACCGCCUGGGCCUGGAGCUGGGCAAGGUGGUCACGAAGAAGUUCAGCAACCAGGAGACGUGCGUGGAAAUUGGCGAGAGUGUGCGAGGGGAGGAUGUCUACAUCGUGCAGAGUGGCUGUGGGGAGAUCAAUGACAAUCUGAUGGAGCUCCUUAUCAUGAUAAAUGCCUGCAAGAUCGCUUCAGCCAGCAGAGUCACAGCUGUCAUACCCUGCUUCCCUUACGCUCGGCAGGACAAAAAGGACAAGAGUCGGGCUCCAAUCUCUGCCAAGCUGGUUGCAAACAUGCUGUCUGUAGCGGGUGCAGAUCACAUAAUCACCAUGGACCUGCAUGCCUCUCAGAUUCAGGGCUUUUUUGAUAUUCCUGUUGAUAACUUAUAUGCUGAGCCUGCUGUUCUGAAAUGGAUCAAGGAGAAUAUUGCAGAGUGGAAGAACUGCACCAUUGUUUCACCAGAUGCUGGUGGAGCCAAGAGAGUGACCUCCAUUGCAGAUCGAUUAAACGUAGACUUCGCCCUCAUUCACAAGGAGCGCAAGAAGGCCAACGAAGUGGAUCGCAUGGUGCUGGUGGGUGAUGUCAAAGACAGAGUGGCCAUUCUGGUAGAUGAUAUGGCAGACACCUGUGGUACCAUCUGUCAUGCUGCAGACAAGCUUGUGUCAGCUGGAGCCACCAAAGUUUAUGCCAUCCUAACCCACGGGAUCUUCUCUGGGCCGGCGAUUUCUCGCAUCAACAACGCCUGUUUUGAGGCAGUUGUAGUCACAAAUACAAUACCCCAGGAGGACAAGAUGAAACAGUGCCCCAAAAUCCAGGUGAUUGACAUCUCAAUGAUCCUUGCCGAGGCCAUCAGGAGGACUCAUAAUGGGGAAUCUGUCUCCUACUUAUUCAGCCAUGUCCCAUUAUAACACCAGGUGUCAGCUGCUGCUUGUAUGGCUUUUGUUUUUAAAGAAAACCAAAAGUUGUUCAGCUUGUUGUAAAGUUCAGUAGAAGACUCUGCUUGUUCCAGUGCAGCUCUCCACAGCUACUCCUGCUUAAGUCAGGCCUGCUGGCUCUGAUCUCCCCCCCCACAACACUGGGAAGCUGGGAGGGGAAGCUCAUCUCUGUAACACUCCCCAACUCCCACCAGCAACCCUGUGCAUUAGGGCUCAGUAGUAUUGAUGAGUAUCAGUUCUGCAGAUCUGUGGAGAGCAGGACUGACACGUGGCUCAUUGCCAUAAUUCUUUUUAGGGGGGGGAGGGAGGGAGAGGGUUUGUCUGUGGGCAGGGUUAGGUGAUCUGGCAUGCAUACCCAAAAUCGUCCUAGGGAGCUCUACUUCCCACACACCUUGAUCUGGAUCUACAGCAAAAGCCCAAUAGACUGCUGGCUGUUGUACCACUCUAUACCUGACAGGAACCCUUGAAGAGCAGUGGGAAGGCUUGUGUCUUGGCCAAGCUUGACCCUGGGUGAAGCCCUGGGGGACACCUGGGAGGUGGUUCUGCUACAGCUUCCUCCCAUGAAAGGACAGACUUGAAUUAAUAAUUGCAGAUGAAAUUCAAUGCCCUGUAGCAUGCUACACAGCCAAGGGAAGGUGAGGGCACAGUCUGUGCAGUACUGCCUUGCUGCUUGACACAGUGGUGCAUCCUGGACCAGCAUUCCUCUCCAUGUAUAGAGGACUCAUGGUGGCUGUGUGCUUUUAGUUGCUAGUGUGGCUAAACCCAGUUGCUCAAUUUCACAGCUUGCUCUUACCUUUGCUAGCAAUUAGAGGGCUGCUGUUGUGUGUCAUAGCUGCACCUUGACUUGCUGUGCACAUCCUUGCUUUUUUCCCCUGUACAGUAGUAAACUGAGCCUCUCUAUGCCACAGUAGCUUGGUUGUUGCACCUAGAAAGUGCCUGCUCAGACACUGGGGUGACCUAAUAAUACACAGCAGCUUUGUGUCCAGCAGUCUUAGCCUCUCAUUGCCUGCAAUCCUGUCCUGUAAGUUACUGAUCCAUUCUGGUUGCUUGUCCUGGUCAUUGUCUGCCUUGCCUUGUAAGUGUUGCUCCUUGCAAAAGAUCUUAAACCAGGGAGCACAGGAGGGUGCAGGACUACAAAACCUGAGGAAGCCCUUGGAGUGGGUCUGAUGCUGCUAAUGAGUGCUUACAGCAAUGGGUUGAAGAGGCUAGUGGUGCCUAGUACUGGGAAAACUGUAGAUCUAGCAACCACCUGACAGGCAGCCAAGGGCCUGAAAGGGGGGAAAAAACCAGAAACAAAUACCAAAAGCAGAGCUGGCUGAGGCUCCCAGGUGUAAUAAACAUGAUCUGAAACUUGAAUUCUUAGCAACUGUACCAGACAAUCGUGAGGUGAGCUGUUAGGUCUCUCCUGGACUCUUACAAGGUUAUAGACCAAGCUGUUUUCUGCUCUGGGUUUUAUUGGCACUCCUCUAUUACUUGUUUUUUGAGCUGGAGGAGAGGAAAAAGGGAAUAGGAGGAACUUGAAAUUCCUUGCUGGAGUAAGCAGCAUGGCUUUGAGAGGCAUGUGGCUGGGGGUGUAAGCGGGACUAACUGAAAGGCUUAGUUAAGACCUAGGGAAGUACUUCUUCAGUUGUGCCUUUUGUUGAGGACUUCUCUCCCUCCCUAGAACUCCUGUCCUGUGGCAUUGUUAACAUUUCUGUUCCAGUGUAGGGUUUUUCUUUUUUGUAUAAGAAUUGGUGUUUGUCUGGAAGGUGUCUCUUGCUUCUUUGCUUUGCAUCCUGCACUGAGCUCUACCGAGAGUCUGAUUCCUGCCUCCUGCAUUGGGAGCCCUUGCUGCUGCACUGCCAAUGACCUGAGAGCCAAAAGCCAGGGCAUUGGAGCAGCAGCCUGAGGAUUUUCAGCAGCAUUUGUGUUUGAACUUAAGACCUGAUGAAGGAAUUAAACUUUUAUUUA